AUGCCGAAGCCUGCGCGCGCUGAGAUCAGCGCGCCCAGGCUCCGCGGACCUCUCCGCGAGCAGCGGCAGCGCUGCCGCUGCUUGCGGAGAGUUGCCGGCAUGCCGAAGCCUGCGCGCGCUGAGAUCAGCGCGCCCAGGCUUCGCGGACCUCUCCGCGAGCAGCGGCAGCGCUGCCGCUGCUCGCGGAGAGUUGCCGGCAUGCCGAAGCCUGCGCGCGCUGAGAUCAGCGCGCCCAGGCUCGCGGACCUCUCCGCGAGCAGCGGCAGCGCUGCCGCUGCUCGCGGAGAGUUGCCGGCAUGCCGAAGCCUGCGCGCGCUGAGAUCAGCGCGCCCAGGCUCCGCGGACCUCUCCGCGAGCAGCGGCAGCGCUGCCGCUGCUCGCGGAGAGUUGCCGGCAUGCCGAAGCCUGCGCGCGCUGAGAUCAGCGCGCCCAGGCUUCGCGGACCUCUCCGCGAGCAGCGGCAGCGCUGCCGCUGCUCGCGGAGAGUUGCCGGCAUGCCGAGCCUGCGCGCGCUGA